CGGAGCACCGUAGUCCUUGGAGGUGCGAAUCGUGGCCAGAGGGGCAUCUCGUGCUGCACAAGGACCCUUCGCUGCCAGAGGGCCUGAAGGCAAAAGGGAAUGGCUGACUUCCUGGAUGUAGGUUCUGUGGCUACAAAGCUAAGAAACACGCUCAUCCAGUACUACAACACUGAAGAUGAUGAAUGGAGAAUGAUUAAGGCCACAAAAAACACUACGAUUUGGCGUAAGCCAUCAGAAGAAUUCAGUGGAUACCUUUACAAAACACAAGGGAUUGUGGAAGAUAUUGCCAACAGAAUAGUGGAUCACAUACGUCCUGGACCUUAUCGGCUACAUUGGGACAGUCUCAUGACCACAAUGGAUGUUGUUGAAGAGUUUGAAGAGAAUUGCUGUGUGAUGCGUUAUACCACUGCUGGCCAGCUGUGGAACAUCAUUGCACCAAGAGAGUUUGUUGAUUUCUCUUACACAACGGACCAUGAAGAUGGGCUUCUAUCAUGUGGUAUUAGCCUAGACUAUGGUGAAGUAAGGCCUUGUUUUGUCCGAGGAUUCAACCACCCCUGCGGCUGGUUCUGUAUCUCGCUCAAAGAUAAUCCUGGGCACAGCCUCCUGACUGGCUUUAUCCAAACGGAUCUGCGUGGGAUGCUCCCCCAGGCUGCGGUGGAUGCUGCCAUGGCUAGCACCCUGACGACCUUUUAUUCUGAUCUCAGAAAAGCUCUGAAGGCAUAACGGGGGUCCAUUCUUGCAGCAUUUUAAAAAAACUCAGGGUACGCCAAAAGCUUCCUGCAUGAAGGCCAGCAGUGUUUUCCUUUGAGAUGCCAGGAGCUGCACAGAUCAAAUGGAAGCGUUUCCUCUUAGGGCCCAGGGGGCUUCUUUGGACUGUAGCUGUGGAAAAGUCAUAGAAAUGUUUCAGAUAAUGUCCAAAGAUCUGCACGCACCCUAGCUCAAGACAGUGUUAUGUUCUUUGCUUUCUUCUCUGAAACAAGCGCCCAGCCCACAACAAUUUAAGCUGAGAUAAUGGGAAACAUGCUGUGUUCAUCUUGUGGAUUUGAAAGGGACUCGGUUGGCUUACAUUUAAGCCCUUAGAGCUAACCACGCUAUGGAUCAGUUCUUUUGUUUGUGAGUGGGCACACAGCCCAAUACCACAAGGGAGAUAUAUCCGCAAAUUCCCUUGCCGAACUGGGAAUAUUGUGUGCUGAUGGUGUAGUCAGACAUAAGAAUGUGAGUUUGCAUUUGAGGCUCUUGCAGUUAUGAGGAAUCCACAGUGUGGAUAGAGGAGCAAUAUCCCCUCUAAUUCCCCCCCCCCUUCUGAGCA